UUUUUCCUCAGCCGAACGGAGUAGCCCUGACUAACGUCGACAGCGUCGGAGAUUUGUCCUGCUGAACCAAUCGGCUCAUCUCAAGAGGCUGCCAGACGGUCGUGUCCCACGUGAAAAGUGACCGAGGUGCGAUAGAAGUAAAUAAUAGUCAAAUAACCAGGGAGGCCCGAAGGGCCCUUGAUGCUUUUGGACAUCCCCAUUUCUCACCGCUUCUAAAUACAACUUGGCGUUUGAAGCCAUGGAUAAAUCGGAUACCACCGCCGACGGCUCUUCCGCCGCCUACACGGACUUUGUUGUCGUUGGAGCCGGCAUAUCUGGCAUCAACUUCGCCUAUCGCAUUCAAACAACAUGUCCAUCCCUCUCCUACACGAUUCUUGAAUCGCGCAAUACGAUAGGCGGCACCUGGGAUCUCUUCAAUUACCCCGGAAUCCGUUCCGACUCGGAUUUGUACACGUUCGGGUUUUCCUGGUAUCCAUGGACGGAAGACUGCGCAAUUGCAGACGCUCCCAGCAUCAGACGGUAUCUGGAGAAGGCCACGCGAAGCGCAGACAUCGAUAGUCACAUCCGUUUCCACCAUAAGGUACUGUCGGCGAGCUGGAAGGAUGAAAACGCAGACUGGAGACUGGAGGUAGAGCAUGAAGGCAUCAUCAAGCAUUUUCGCUGCCGAUAUCUUAUCUUCGGCACAGGAUACUAUGAUUAUGAGCAUCCAUUAGCCGCCGACAUUCCCCAACUCGACCAUUUCAAAGGCACCGUCGUCCACCCUCAAUUUUGGCCCGCCGAUUUAGACUACUCAGACCGAAAGAUGGUGAUCAUCGGGUCCGGUGCUACGGCUGUUACUCUACUUCCGAAUCUUGUCGAAAAGGCAUCGCACGUAACUAUGCUUCAGCGCAGCCCAAGCUACGUCUUAGCCGCAAAUAAUCGUUCUUCUCCUCUCUUGAAGCGACUGGUACCAAGAGCAUUGCUUUUUCCUCUUCUCAGAUCUUAUUUUUUGGCAGUAUCAUUUACGCUGUUCCAAUUCUGCCAGGCCUUUCCCAAUCUUGCAAAACGCCUCAUAAAAUCAGUGACCGAGAAAUGCUUACCUCCCAGCAUUCCGCACAAUCCUCACUUCAAGCCACACUAUAAGCCUUGGGAUCAGCGCCUCUGUCUUGCGCCAGACGGUGAUUUCUUCGAAGGUCUCCGCUCAGGCAAGGCAAGCGUAGCCACCGGGACCAUCAAGGGAUUCACGGACAAAAGCAUCAUCCUGGACAGCGGCGAUACAAUCGACGACGUCGACAUUGUCGUCACCGCCACAGGUCUAAAACUACUUCUUGUCGGCAACAUCAAAGUCACCGUGAACGGCCAGCCUCUCGAUCCAUCCAAGAAAUUCGUUUGGCGAAGCUGCAUGCUGCAAGACGUUCCGAAUUCUUGCUUGAUAGUAGGAUACACCAAUGCAUCCUGGACGCUAGGUGCGGACUCUACCGCCGUACUUUUUUGUCGCAUUGUUCAGAAGAUGCUCAAGACUCGUUCAACGAGCGUCCGGCCGUUCCUGAAUACUUCAAUGGAACCAGUGCCGCUUCUAAAUCUCAGCAGCACGUACAUAACCAAAUUGGCCAAUACCUUGCCCAAGGCUGGGAAUAAGGGCCCGUGGAAACCAAGGAUCAACUAUUACGUGGAUUAUUGCAUCUCGCGGUGGGGAAGUCUGAAGGAUGGACUAGUCUUUUCUUGAAAAUAGAAAGAAAAACGCUUCAUAUAGCAUACUAGGGGGUUAGGGAGCUCGUGUGGUAAUGUGUUAGAUUUUGAUCUGACAGAUAUAUGCAUGCAUGCAUGUUGAUUGCUAGAUGCGCCUAUAUAAUGAUAAUUUUUCAAUCUCUUGA